AUGCAGUCCAUGCGGCAACCACUCACGCGUGCCCUGCGCAACGCCCCGGCCGGCCUCACAAAAUCUGUAGCUCCCGCGACAUAUGCUACCAUCUCCCCUAGCGAUGCACCUGGCCAACCCUCCGGCUACGCAAAGACUGGCCUCAACCUGCGCGUGACAAAGGACACCAAGGUCAUCUUCCAGGGCUUCACCGGAAAGCAGGGAACGUUUCACGCAUCGCAAGCGAUAGAAUAUGGCACAAACGUGGUUGGCGGCACAAACCCAAAGAAGGCAGGCAGUGAACACUUGGGCAAGCCAGUCUUUGCCAACGUGAGCGAUGCGGUGAAGGAGGUCAAGGCAGAUGCCAGUGUCAUCUUCGUCCCACCUCCGCUUGCCGCUGCUGGUAUCGAGGAGGCAUUGACUGCAGAGAUUCCUCUGGCAGUGUGUAUCACCGAGGGUAUCCCACAACACGACAUGGUGCGCAUUACGGAUAUGCUCAAGACCCAGGACAAGACGAGACUGGUCGGACCAAACUGCCCUGGUAUCAUUGCGCCGGGACAAUGCAAGAUGGGCAUCAUGCCCGGCUUCAUCCACAAGCGCGGCCGCAUCGGUAUCGUCUCGCGAUCCGGAACCCUUACCUACGAAGCCGUCAACCAAACUACCCAAGCAGGUCUCGGCCAAUCGCUUGUCAUUGGAAUCGGCGGUGACCCAUUCUCCGGCACCAACUUCAUCGAUUGCCUGCGCGUCUUCCUCGCCGACGAGGACACCGAUGGCAUCAUCAUGAUUGGAGAGAUUGGUGGAACCGCAGAAGAGGAUGCAGCAGACUUCCUGAAGGAGUACAACGUUGGCGGCAAGGACGGCAAGGGCAAGCCAGUGGUCAGCUUCAUUGCUGGUAUCUCUGCGCCACCCGGCAGGAGAAUGGGACACGCCGGUGCGAUUGUGAGUGGUGGUAAGGGUGAUGCCAACAGCAAGAUCAGUGCGCUGGAGGCUGCUGGUGUGACUGUCGAGAAGAGCCCGGCGAGCUUGGGCAAGACCUUGAGGGAGCAGUUCAUCCAGAGAGAUCUGCUCUAG